CUGUUUAUGGGGACACCUCGCAAAAUUCAAGAUAAGUUCUUCUUGGAAUAUCAUGAUUUCUUAGCUCAGGCCAUCUUUGCUGUUUUCUACAAAUCUUUCCCAGAAUCGCACGAACAGUUUGGUGCAGAAUUUAAGACAGAGUUAACUGAACUGAUUUCUCUGUGGUUGACAGGAUUAAAACCACCGCAUUUGUCCUGGAAAAAAUGGAACCUGGAAUGGCUAGUGAAUCUAACCAUCGGAGCCAAAAAAGAUGAUUACGAUGAAAAGGAAGAAGUUAUGAACAUGUUAGAAGCCAGGGCAGGAAAAAUGAAUUUGCAGUUUAAUUUUGACAAACUACUGAAAGGUGUGGAUGAAGGAAUCGUGAAAGAGACAGAAAUCCCAACACCAAAACUGAUGCCAACGGUUGAAGUAAAGCAGUCAUGUUACGUUGGCCGUGGUCCAGAGUUCCAGUACGUACUCUACAGACUCAAGGGACGUAGUCCUCUAGUGAAUCACUACCUCCAGAUGAAAAAUAUAGGAACUGGCAAGGUAGCCUCCUGGGGUGGUUUAAUGAAACGCAGUGAGAUCUCUAAAUUUCCGCCACUUCAUCCAACCUUUCAAGAUGUUAUCAAGGAAAAUGAAAAAUUCCGCGAUGAUCUUCACCAGGAUUACAGCACAUUACGUGAACAAACCAAAAAGGAGAUGAAAAAAAUAAAAAUGGAUACCAUCAAAAUAGGCCAUAGAAUUAGCAGGCUGCAAAUGUUCCUUUCUGUUAAGCCAUUUGAUUCGCAGUUGAAGAUUAACGUCAUAAAAAACAAAAUGGACUAUCUAACUGUAUCCAGUGACGAAUAGAAAAGGAUGAGGACGAGAGAGACGAAG